AUGUCCAAACCCACCAAGUCUAACAGCACCAAAGUUCCUCGCCCUUCUUCUCUUCCUCCCCCUCAAACACCUCCAAAUAGCCCCAACAAUGAAGACCCGCAGCAGCACGUUACAAUGGAACAGCUGCAACAAAUUUUCAUGGCUGCUCUUCGCCAAGCCAAGCAGCCAUCAGAGUCUUCGGAGCCGAUUGGAGAUGUCAAAUCAGAGAAAUGCAAGGAUAAAGGAGGCAACGAGGUGAAAGCUCGAGCAUCAAAGCUUGAAUAUAAAGAAGUCCAUGAAGUGUGGGACAAGGACAACUCGAAGUAUAAGAUUGUGGAAUCCGUGGGAGAGGACAAGGUCCUUGAUGAUCUUGACCAGAUGACCAAGGAAACUAAGACCUUUGUCGAUAUUAAGUCGAAGGUGUUGCUUGAAGUUCUGCGAGAAAUUGUGAGAGAUGUUAGGGCUAUCAGCUUGCGCGAGGAUAAGCCUUCGGUUGAGCGCAACUUCCUGUACAAUUUCCUUCCCGACCUCGAGAAGUACAUUUCUAAGAAAGGAAGGAACCACGGAGACACACGUUCGAAGCAUGUGGAUCUGCUCAUCGGGUAUAUCAAGGAAACCUAUGCCUCCACAACCCAGAGCCUUUUGCCACUUCUGAACAGGAGAGAGAUCACCUACGACCUGCUUUGGACCAUCUUCAAACCAGGGAUCUUCGUAUACAGUACCUGCCCAGGGACAGGCAAGCCUCGAUGUGUUAUAUUUGAUGCCGGAGAAGAGAAAACGAAAAUGAACGGGAUCAAAUACUUCAGCUUAGAUUGUCGCUAUCUGGAUUUUGACGGUGAGGUAUUCGGCGAAGCCGGUACCCAGCUGGAGGUGGUCCGGUUCCAUGGACCCAGGCCCAUUCACGAUCUCGAGGCGUUCCCCCUUGACCAUCACCCAAACAAAUCAGAUGCCAUGAAAUCUCUCAUCGACUGCGGUCGCAAAUUUUGCGACCUGAAGGGGCAGCACAUUCGCCACUGCCGCGGUCGUGCCUUCGUCCAAGUCCGGGGAGAAAUUGUCCAGAACUCCAUCAACAGCCGUAUCAUGGUGGACCCGGCCUUCUUUCGCCAGAUGAAUCCGAACUACACCAGACCGCGGAUCAACCAGCGGAGUGAAUUAUACGUGGACGGUAACGGCUCCGCCAGUCUUGAUGUGUUUUUUGAUAAUCAAGAUCAACGCAUGAGAGAACAGGUGAAAAGCAAUGGUGUGAAUCCAUCCGAGAUGAAGGAUGUGGACUUUCUUAUUUGCUGUCCAACGGUUUUAGGAUACUGUUUCAGCGAGAACAGCUGGAUGGAGUUUGCGGUCGCCGAUCUCGAUCAAGUUCAAUGGUCAUCCGCGCCCUUCGAAAACCUCCGGAUUCCCAGUCAGCAAAGGGACACGCUCUUAGCUCUGGCAAAGACUCGUUUAGGCCUAGUACCUAGCAUCCUCUUUGACGAUUUCGUUACGGGCAAAGGGCGUGUCUCAACGUGCUCCUGUAGUAAGUGA